AUGGCCAACUUAAGCCUUCUUUCUGGAUCAUACUUCAUGUUCUUUAUCCUAUGCCUCAGCCUCAGGGGUUCCCUUUCAUGCCUUCAUGAUCAACGAGAAGCUCUCCUGGACUUGAAAGAUGUACUAGUUCGAGACAUGGUAACAGACAACUCAACAGAUUUGUUUCUUGGUGGUUUAGAGACAUGGAAUUCCAGUUCGGAAUGUUGUCAGUGGAUCCUGGUACAGUGCAAUUCUCGCUCAUCUUCGCAAGAAGUGACUGGUCUGAAUCUAUCCAGUCUUUUUCCCUUGCGAGGAAAGGCUUCAACUGUUUUGGAAUCAGUUUUCCGGAUAAAGACCUUAAUGUCGCUUGACAUUUCCUACAAUUCAUUGCAUGGUGAAAUUCCACGUAUUGGGUUUGGCAAUUUGACUGAGCUAGCGCAUCUUGACAUGAGGGGAAAUAGCUUCAAUGGUUCUAUUCCUCCUCGGUUGUUUCGUUUAAGGAAUCUUGAAUUCCUUGAUCUCAGUGUUAACAUGAUUGAGGGUAGCUUACCUGGUGAUGUUGGCGGUCUUAAGAAGCUGAAACAGUUGAGCUUGGAUGCCAAUAUCAUUCGUGGAGAGAUUCCUGAAGAAAUUGGAAACCUCAUUGAACUGAGGAAGUUGACACUUCCGGGCAACCAAAUUUCUGGCAGGAUUCCAUUGUCAAUAUCGCAGCUAAGGAAGCUGGAAGUAUUGCAGCUGCAGAACAAUUCAUUGUCCGAGGAGAUUCCAUCAGACAUUGGGAACUUGGUGAACAUGACUACUUUAGACUUGAGCAAGAAUAAUUUGAGUGGUGAAAUCCCAUCAUCAAUUCAGAAGCUGGGAAAGCUGGAGACACUUCAGCUGGAGAAUAAUAAGCUCUCUGGCGAGAUCCCAACAUGGUUAUUUGAUCUCAAGGAGAUGAAGAAGUUGCACCUUGGAGGAAACAGACUAGCAUGGAAUAACGAUAUCACAAUCACUCCAAAGUGUACGUUAUCUUCUUUAUCAUUGAGAUCUUGCAGUGUUAGUGGUCAGAUUCCUCGCUGGCUCUCCAAUCAAACUGAUCUUAUUUUCUUGGACUUGAGUGAGAAUCAGAUCGAAGGAGACUUCCCACAGUGGUUAGCUGAACAAAAUCUCGGAACUAUUAUUUUAUCAGAUAACAAGCUUGCAGGUUCUCUCCCACCUCAGUUGUUUCAAUCUCGAAAUUUGUCAGUCCUUGCCUUGUCAAGAAACAACUUUUCUGGGGAACUGCCAGAAAUUAAUACUACUUCAAUAAUGGUACUCAUGCUCUCAGAAAACAACUUUUCUGGGCCGGUGCCAAAAUCUCUCUCCAAUAUCUAUAGGCUAUUACUUCUGGACUUGUCAACAAAUAGCUUCUCUGGCAGUGAAUUUCCAGCAUUUGGAGAAGAUGGCUUAAUUGCUUAUGUUGAUAUAUCUUCCAAUAAAUUGUCUGGCAAGGUUCCUGCAGCUUUGGGACUGAACCUAAUGAUGCUUUCAUUGAGCCAAAAUGACUUUUCUGGUUCAUUACCUCAGAAUUUGAGCAAUUUGAGUCAGCUUGAACAUCUUGAUCUUCAUGACAACAAUAUAACUGGUGAAUUUCCAGCAUUCCUCUAUCAGUUGUCCUCACUUCAGGUACUUAAUCUUAGGAACAAUUCCAUUGAGGGGUCAAUCUCUGAUGAUCUGUCAAAUCUUAGUAGUCUCCGAAUCCUAGACCUCUCCAACAAUAACCUCAUCGGUGACAUUCCUCCAAGUUUGGGGAAUCUUACUGGAAUGAUUGAUACACCUGAUGUCCCAUCAACGCUUUCUGAAAUUUUUAGCUUUCAAGUUGAAAUCCAUGACUUGAUAGUAAACUGGAAGAAUUCAAAGCGAGGCCUCUCUAACCGGAACCUGGAUAUCUAUACUUUCUUGGACUUGUCAAAGAACCAGUUAUCAGGAGAAGUUCCUCCUUCAUUAGGCAGUCUUAAACGUUUGAAGUUACUCAACCUUUCAUACAAUGAGCUUUCAGGCAACAUUCCUAUGAGUUUUGGUGAUCUGGAGAGUUUAGAGGCCUUGGAUUUGUCAGACAAUAAACUUGAUGGUGAAAUACCCGGAACAUUUGCCAAGCUCCAGGAACUAAAUACUUUAGACUUGAGCAACAACAAACUUGCAGGUAAAAUUCCUGAGAGUCCUCAAUUGGAUACGCUGAUUGAUCCAGACAUUUAUGCCAACAACAGUGGACUGUGCGGGGUGCAAAUUGAUGCCCCUUGUGAAGAAGACUCGCAGCCACCUGAGUCACCAGAGGAGGAGAAAAAGGAAACAUGGUUUUCAUGGGAAGCGGCAGGAAUUGGCUACCCUGUUGGGUUCUUGUCUUCAACUGCACUGAUGUCUGCCAUUGGUUAUUUCACCGUUACACCAUUGCAUCACCGCCGGCGUCAUGCUCGUCGAAGGUGA